GCACGUUCCGCUCUUCCACUUUCCGAACACCAAAAUUUAAAAAGCGUGUUGCAGGUUGCUGUUCCAGCGUUCUGCUGCGCCACUUUGAGAGUUUUUAAACAAAUGAAAGCUACACACUGGCUUCCAUAAAUUAUAAUUAAAAACUUAAGAAAUUAAGGAGUAGACAAAAUGGCGAAUUUGCCAUUGAAUCCAAAACCCUUCUUAAACACUCUCACCGGACAGCCAGUGAUUGUCAAGUUAAAAUGGGGUGUUGAGUAUAAAGGUGUACUUGUAUCCGUUGAUGGCUACAUGAACCUUCAACUUGCAAACACAGAAGAAUAUAAUAAUGGGCAAUACCAAGGCAAUCUCGGUGAAGUUCUGAUUAGGUGUAAUAAUGUUCUAUAUCUGCGGGGUGUUGAAGAUGAAGAAGAGGAUGGAGAAAUUUGAAGAGUUAUAUUUAAUACAUUUAUGUUCCUCGUUUUGUGUUCUGUGUUAUAUCACCACAUUUGUAAUAUCAUGAAAUAUGUAUGGAUAUCAUUUCAUAAAUAAAUACUUUUAUAACACUUCUGAACUUUA